CAACAUCAAGGGAAACAGCAGCAGCAGCAGCAGCAGCCCCAGCCCCAGCAGGAGCAGCAGCAGCAGCAGGAGCGGCAGCAGCACGGGGAGCCCUAGCAGCACCACCAUCAGCAGCAUCAACACCAGCAGCAUGGGGGCCCCUGUGGGAGAGCAGCUCGGGGGGGCCCCCUUAGAUUCUUCUGGUGUGGGUGCAGAGGUGGUGCAGCAGCCGCAUGCGCAUGUAUCCUCACCAUCAUCAUCUUCUUCUUCUGCAGCAGCAGCAGCUGCAGCAGCAGCAGCAGAAGAAGAAGAAACCCUGCAGCAAAAAGCAGAGUGGGAGGUGGAGGUGAAUCAGGAGCAUCUUGUAGGCCCUCCAAUUCCUCUGAUAGACCUCGUACCUGAGUUCAUUCAAGGCAGCAACGCCAGCGAGAAGAUACUCUUUCUAGCGGGGCAGAAGCAGCAGCAGCAGCAGCAGCAGCAGCAGCAGCAAGGGGGGGGAGUGGCUCGUGUAAGGAGAAUUAGAAGAGACGGCUGCUGCUUCUACCGCUCUUACCUCUUCGGUGUAUUUGAGUGUCUCCUUCUAAACAAACACAAACUACAACAAUUCAGAGAAAAGGUCGACUCAGAGAUUGUUCCCAAGAUGGAGGCCACAGGAUACACCAAGGACUCCAUCGAAGAGUUUGUUGAUGAGGUGCAUGCGGCUCUGGACAAGUUAUCAAGCCCCACUGCCAGCCUGGCUGACCUUGAAGAAAUAUUUAAUGAUUCAUCUUCUUCUAAUUAUCUCGUUGUAUUCGCCAGGCUGACGACAGCCAGCGAGCUGAAGAGUCGGGAGGAGCAUUAUCAACCGUUUUUAGAGGCAGCUGACUCUGUCUCUUCGUUUUGUUCGAGAGAAGUAGAGCCGAUGUGGGUAGCAGCAAAUGAGCCGCAGAUCUUUGCUUUAUCUUCUUCUCUUGGGGUGUCUGUUGAGGUCUUCUAUGUCGAUCAAUCACCUGCCAAACAACCCGUUCGCCACGUCUUCCCUGCUGAGACGGAGGGCCCUUCAGUGCAGCUUCUCUAUCGCCCUGGCCACUAUGAUCUCCUCUACCUAGCUAGCCGCAGCUAG